CCACGGCAAAGCGACGCUACGUAACAAUCCAACAAAAUCAAAACCACAAAUUCUCGCUCCAAUCCGAAGCAAGACAAAAGGAUCAUGACGUCGCAGCCCAGGACACGAAGAUUAGGUUAUGGCCAACAAGCCCCCGACUCAAACCCGAGUUAUGCUCGGUAUGCCUGACUCACCCAGGAGCAGACACGGCAUCCCGGCUUUACCCGAUAAUGCUACGGCGACAACCCGCCAGGGUUCAUCCCCCUAUGUCAGCGUCAGUGCAACACGAAAGCAUCCCUGCGCAAAUCCUUUCAGUCCGACUCUUUUCAAAUAGGAGGCUAA